AUGACCUAUGAGCAGUUGAAGAACUUUUACGAUAUAUUUCAAAAAGAUAUUGAAGAAUUAAAAUUCCCAGAUGAAUUAGUAAAUGCAAAUAUUAAUAACCUGAAGGAUAAUAAUAUUAUAUAUUAUAAAAAAUGGGAGUGUCAUGAGAAAAAUGGGACCUUGUCAAUUGAUUAUCAUAAGAAUGAAAAAAUAUUUAUGAAAGAAAAUAUUUGUAUUCAUGAGAAGAAACGUUUUAUAUUUUUAUUGAGUUCAGUUGGAAAAGAAUUAAUCUUAGAUAAUUUAUUAACAACAUGCAGAGACAAGAAAAAAGAAAAUGAAAAUAUUUUUGGAAAUAAUUUUUUAGUUAUAAGGAAAGAAAGUAAUAAUAACUAUUUAACCAUAGUUAAUAAAAAUAAUAAUUAUAUUUAUGCUCUGAUUGUAAGGAAUCCUAAUAUAUAUAUGAAUCAUCUUAAUUGUCAAACAAAAGAACAAAAAAUAUAUUAUAAAUAUGUAGCAAAUGAAAUGUAUGAAAAAUAUAAAAAUAACCAACAAAAUAUUAGUGAGAAAAAAAAAAAAAUUAAAUAUUCAUUUGUUUAUUCUUUAUAUAAACAUUAUCAUGAAGAAGUAAAAAAAAAAAAGUACAAGAAUAAUUUGGACUAUUUUAUAAAUAUAAAUUUUAUAAAAGAAAAGUUUAAACUAUUAAAAAUAAAAACUAUCAAUAUAAGUAAUCUUAUAUGGAAUUUCCAAUUCUCUAAAGAACUUUUAAAAAAUAAAUUAACAAACUUGAACCAUGGAAAAUUUUUAUGUUACAUUAUAUGUCCUGAUAUAUUGAAUAAGGAAUAUAAAUUAUAUAUAUACAAUAUUAUAAAAAAAAAAAAAAAAAAAAAAAAAAAAAAAAUCCAACAGAUACUAUUUAAUGAUAAAGAUUUGAAUGAAGUGUCAAGAGAAGAAAAAACUUUUCAUGUUAAUUAUAAAGAGCAGAAAAAAAAUAAAACAUAUGAUAGUGAUGAAAAAAAAGGAAGUGAUUAUAAACAUAUUAAUGUAUAUAAUAAAGAAGACAAGACGUUAUAUUUACAAAAUAAAAAUGAAAUGAUUUCCAUUUCAAAUGAUAAACUGAAUAGAAAGAAUAUAACAUUUUAUAAAAAUAUAUCAUCUAUAUUAAAUUUAUUACAUGAAGAAAAUGAAUUGUAUUUACAAAUAUAUAAUAUAGAAACAUAUACACGAAUAUUUAUAUAUAACUGUGAAGAAAUGAAUAAGCUUCAUUUUUUUCAUUUCUUAAAAAGCAAAUAUAAACAUUUCUAUACACAUAUAGUAAAUUUAAAUACAUUAUUUGGCAUAUAUCUUAAUGACACUGAACGGAAUAUUUUAAAAGUUUUUAAUAAAUGUAAAUAUAUUUUAAAAAAAAAUAUUUACAAACAUGUAUUCUUAAUUAUAGAUGGAAUAGAUAUUUUAGCAAAAAAUGUUGAGAAACAAUUCAUAAAUGACAAUGAUUAUAAUAAUAAACAUAAUUAUAUUGACAAAGAAUAUAAUAAUAUAUUAAAUCAUGAGAACGAAUCAAAUAAUAUAUAUAUAUCUCCUUCUUCAUAUCCUAAUCAUCAUAAUAAUAAUCAUAGUCGUGUAUUAACGACAUUAUUAUUAUGCUUAGAUAGUAUAGAUACUAUAAAGAAAGAAAAUAAGAACAACAAAAAAAUAAAAACUAAUAUAAAUGAAAAUAAAAAAAUUAAAUAUAACCAUGAACAAAAUAAAAAGGAUAUAUCGAAUAUGUCUUUUCAAUCUGAUCAUUAUAGCAGUUCUGAUUUGUUUGAAAAAAGUUCUCUUGACACAAAUACGAUAAAACAAAAAAAAAAAACAAACAAAAUAUCAAAUGGUGUAAUAACUUAUAAUUUUAAGAAUUUACAACAAAUAUAUAAAGAAAAAUGUAUUGAAUUAAAAAAGAAAAAAACAACAUAUAAUAUAAGUGUUAUUAUGUUAAGUGAUGUACAUAUGAAUCUUUAUAAUUUGUCCUUAAUAAGAGCAGGACGAUUCUUCCAUUUUAUCAAUUAUUUGUCGGAAGUUUAA